GGGCUGGCGCCCCGGCCAGGAGGGAGGAAGGGGGGCCGCGGGGCUGUGCCAGGGGAGCCGGAGGGGUGCUCGGCGCUCCCCCGCCCUCCUUCCGGGAGCGAGGAUGCGGACUCUGAAACUGGCGCUGCUGGGCUGAGGCGGAGGCACGGGAGUUGCAGCGCGCGGCUCGGUGAGUGUGUCUCCUGCGCGCGGAGAGGCGGGGGAGGCGGAGGACCGGCGCCCGAGGAGGCGGAGGGGAGAUGCCCGGAGCCGCCGCCGCCGCGAUGCUCCCGGCUCAGGAGGCUGCGAGGCUGUACCACACCAACUAUGUGCGGAACUCGCGGGCCAUCGGCGUGCUGUGGGCCAUCUUCACCAUCUGCUUUGCCAUCGUCAACGUGGUGUGCUUCAUCCAGCCCUACUGGAUCGGCGACGGCGUGGACACCCCGCAAGCCGGGUAUUUCGGGCUCUUCCACUACUGCAUCGGCAACGGCUUCUCCCGGGAGCUGACCUGCAGGGGCAGCUUCACGGACUUCUCCACGCUGCCCUCCGGCGCCUUCAAAGCCGCUUCCUUCUUCAUCGGCCUCUCCAUGAUGCUCAUCAUCGCCUGCAUCAUCUGCUUUACCCUCUUCUUUUUCUGCAACACGGCGACCGUGUACAAGAUCUGUGCCUGGAUGCAGCUCACCUCCGCGGCCUGCCUUGUGCUUGGCUGUAUGAUCUUCCCCGAUGGCUGGGAUUCAGAAGAAGUAAAACGGAUGUGUGGAGAAAAGACAGACAAGUACACCCUCGGGGCUUGCUCUGUCCGCUGGGCGUACAUCCUGGCUAUUAUUGGGAUUCUGGAUGCCCUGAUCCUCUCGUUUCUGGCAUUUGUGCUUGGUAACCGACAAGACAGCUUGAUGGCUGAGGAACUGAAGGCUGAAAACAAAGAUGAUGGAAAUGCUUAAAGCAAACUAAGGUAGUGUGAGACCACACCAUUUCUGCUAAGCCAAUAUUCUCUAGAAUGAGCACAAGCUAAACAAAUCGAAUAACAGCUUUUGUACAUCAACAUCAAGAAAGAAGACACUGGGGAGAGAUUGGAUAUGGAGAUGGAUAUGAACAAGAAUGAAACACCCACUUUGUCAAAUCAGAUCAGAGAUGGUAGUGAUUUUCUAAAAGGAGAUGUGAUUAUGGAUUAAACACCAGCUCAUAGGAAACUAUCAUUGUAUAAGAUCAGAUACAUUCACCAGAAAUUACAUUCAUAAGAAAUCAUAUUCAGGAAAUAUUUCAAGAAAGAGGAAUAUAAACAUGCUAGAAUUAACAUGUUAAAUAUAUAUGUACUGAGGUUUGUAAACUGUCCUUUUUUAAUCAAACUGAAAACAAAAAGCUUUAAUCUUUUAACAUUAUAUAUAAAAAGGCAGUCAAUCCUAAAGUAUUUCUAUCUCAGUAGUCAGGAGACUAAUCAAGCAUCAUUUAUUGAGGAAGCGUCUUAGAAAAUGCCUCUGAAUAUCUUCAUAGGGGCCAUGACCUUUGGCUUCCCCAUCUCUGCUGUUCAUUUAUUCCACUGUGUAAUUAGGAACAAUCAGUUAAGAGAUGUAAAGCUUCAGAGUUUUUACCGAGUCUGUGUUCAGUUUAAUGUCUGUACGAGUUAUUACUGAGAAAGUGUUUCUGACGUAUACUAUGACUCCAUCAAGCUGUAUAUUACAGGAAGUACAUCCACAUCACAGGUUCCCGAGAAACAUAGUAAAUUUCCCACCUUUCAGGAAACAGCAUCAAGGAACUCUGAAAAAUGUAGAAAGCUCAUUUUCACCUUCGAUGCUCACAUAUAAUAUAGAGGCUGCUAUCAGAUAAAUACUUUUUCUAAUUCUUCCUAGUAUAUCCAUAAGAAUUUAACAUACUUUCUAAAUAGGCAUAUGAAAUAUCUCCUCCUUUUUUUCCCUAUUUCUUUCCCACACAUGUCAUGAGAAGUCCAUCUCCUUUCUUUCCCUUACUGACACACUCAUUUUUGUUUUAAAAACAAACAAAUCAUUCCAUUAAACCUAUUUCUAAAUGAUAGUAAGUGGUACUAAAUAAAUAAUAAUUUAAUAGCCUUAGAAAUAAAUGAAUAUAUACUUAUACAGAUCAAAGAAACUGGGUAGGAGUAAAUUGCCUUUUUGUUUACUAACGUUGGUUUCAAAAAUACUCAAUUUUUUCAGUUGGUUGGCACCUGAAGGUAGUUACAACUGAUCAGUUGUCUUCAACAAUCUUUCCCUCCCAGGUCUCCCCCACCAGCACCCUCACCAUGUAGCCUGCCAAAUGCAACAACAGAAAAAAUAUUUAAUAAUGAAGUAGUCAAUUGCUUGAGAAAGAUCGCAAGCUAAAAUGACCAUGCAGGGAUAAUCAGUGUAAGCCAAACCAUAUUCUGUACCUGAGCAGAAAACAUGCCUUCAUUUUUAGACUCAAAAUUAAGAUAAAAUUGGCAUAUAUGUCACUGGAGCAGCGGUGGAGGAUAAUACAAGAAGUGAUACAAAUCACAAUUGAUUUCUCUUCUCUCUAUUAGGGCCACACCCGUAUUUUUGACAAAUAUUUCUGGCAGUCGCCAUCUUUUCACCAUAAACAAGAUUAUGUUUCAAAUGGCUAAGAGUAUGUUACAAGUAUGCUCAAAUCAGUGAAACCCAAUUCACAAAGAUAUGGGUUUUCUAAAGAACUAAAUUUAGGGACUACUUUUUAUCUGGAAAGUAGCCAUUCUGGGAGUUACUUUUGUUUUAGCUAUUAGCUCUCCCGGUGCAUUCAAAACACCCUACUUAAUAAACUUAAUUACACACAACUUUUCAAGAAUUUAUCUUUUAUUUAAAGGGAAGUACCUCUCUACUUUAUCUGCAAUAAAGUAAAAGGUAUUGGCUCUCUCUAACCCAUGUAAAUUACAGAUUCCAUUGGGAGUUUCUCAUCACUAAUAGUGGUGUUUAAAAAAUUGAAAGUGUUUUCUAUCCACAUGCAAAUGUUUUGUUAAACUUUUUUUCCCAUAAAACCUAAGUGUAAUUUAGCAUACAUACCACAGUGCUCUGAAAAUCAGUCAGUGAUGAUGUACCAUUUGUACAUAGGUAAUACACGUGUAAAUCACUAAAUGUUACGUAUAAGAAGUAUGUUUUUAUCUUUUUUUUAAAAAUAAAGUGACUCCCUUUCUCAUUCUGUUCCAUUGUAUUGCGUCCAAAAGUUGUGUGUAAUUUUUUAAGGUCCAGGAAAUGUAAAGAAAUUUGUUGGAAUACCUGAAUUUCUGUAAAAAAAA